AUGGAUCUAAAGAAUCUGUCCAUGUACAAUGAUGAUGAAUACAAUAAUGGCACUAAUGGCACAGCUAUUGAUCAGAAGACUCACUACAAUUAUUAUGCCAUGCUGCUUACGCUCCUCAUAUUUGUCAUCGUCUUUGGUAAUGUCUUGGUCUGCAUGGCGGUGUCUAGGGAAAAGGCUCUACAAACCACCACCAAUUACCUAAUUGUCAGCCUUGCUGUAGCUGAUCUUUUGUUGGCAACACUGGUGAUGCCCUGGGUGGUUUACCUUGAGGUGGUUGGCGAGUGGAGGUUUAGUCGUAUUCACUGUGACAUCUUUGUGACCCUUGAUGUUAUGAUGUGUACAGCAAGUAUCCUUAAUCUUUGUGCCAUCAGCAUUGACAGGUAUACAGCAGUGGCAAUGCCGAUGCUCUACAACACGCGUUACAGUUCCAAGCGCAGAGUGACUGUCAUGAUUGCAGUAGUUUGGGUCUUAUCCUUUGCAAUCUCUUGUCCACUUCUCUUUGGACUAAAUAACACUGCUUCUAAUGAGUGCCUCAUUGAAAACCCUGCAUUUGUCAUCUACUCCUCUGUUGUAUCCUUCUAUGUCCCUUUUAUUGUCACACUCUUGGUGUAUGUCCAGAUUUAUAUUGUCCUAAGAAAGAGGAGGAAAAGGGUAAACACUAAGCGCAACAGUGGAGGCGUGCAUACACACAUUCCUUUGUAUGACAAAUGUACUCACCCAGAAGAUGUGAAGCUGUGUGCUGUCUUUGUUAAAUCCAAUGGGAGCUUCGCAGCAAAUAAAAAGAAAGUGGAGGCAGAGAACCAUCAAGAAGAAAUGGAAAUGGAGAUGAUGUCAAGCACAUCACCCCCAGAAAAGACAAAGCACAAGUCAGCCUCCCCAAACCACCAACAGCUGGCUGUGCCAGCAGCAUCAAACCAGUUCAACACUUCUGUCCCUUCUCCAGCAGAUAGUCCAUGUAAGGCUGAGAAGAAUGGCCAUCCAAAAGACAGUGCCAAGCCUGCAAAGGCUUUUGAAACUCAGUCAAUGCCCAAUGGCAAAACAAGGACCUCUCUUAAAACUCUGAGCAAAAGGAAACUUUCACAGCAAAAAGAGAAGAAAGCAACACAGAUGUUAGCCAUUGUACUUGGAGUCUUCAUUGUCUGUUGGUUUCCUUUCUUCAUAACCCACAUCCUAAAUAUGCAUUGCGACUGUAAAAUCCCACCGGCAUUGUACAGCGCAUUCACUUGGCUUGGAUAUGUUAACAGUGCGGUCAACCCUAUUAUUUAUACCACAUUUAAUAUCGAAUUCAGAAAAGCCUUCAUAAAAAUACUUCACUGCUAG